CUGUUUGUGCCUCUGUUGCCUUGCGCUUAUGUAGAAAUGCUUUAACUCUGCAGAGCUGAAAAAUUUCCGUGAAAGGAUUGUGGAAUGGCCCAGGACACUACGGUGCCCAAACUGAACUUUGAAUAUUGGUUGGAUAAAGCUAUUGAAUGGGGUCAAGCCACCACCUUGGAAUCCCAGAAGGAUGUGUGCCUUCACUUGCCCCGGCUCCAGGAGUUUCUACAUCAGAUUUAUGAAACUUUAAAACAUAUGGAUUCAAUUGUAGCAAUACAGCAGUUCCCUCUAAUUGGCCAGCUUCUAGGAAGGCUUUGUUGGAAUCCUUUUGUUAUAGGAUAUGAUGAAAGCCAGAAGACUCUGAUGUGGUGCUUGUGUUGUCUAUACAGCAGUGAACCACAGAACCCUGUGGAAUUGAAGGCCAACAGCUGGAUACGGAGUUUGCUGUGCCAUCUCCUUUCUUCUUCUAAGUGGGAAAGUAAUGAGGCUGAAACCAGUACAUUCAUAUCAACGCUUGGCUACACAUCAGCAGAUUAUUAUUGUCACUUAGUUAAAAAUAUGGUGUUUUCGUUAGUAACAGAACUCAGAGGAAAUCAGUUCAAUGGACUUAACAUUCAGGGGAGAGUUUCAGCCAGUCGUGUGAAUGCUGUGUCCCUUUUCUGUCUCCCUCUCAUUACUUUGCCUGAUCUAACUCCAUUGCUGGAAACUCUCCUUCUUUACCAUGGAGGUGCAUCAAAAGAAAUUCUCAGUUCAGAGUUUCUGGAGGCUGUGAAUGAGGCCUUUUUAAAGAAGAAGAUCUCCCUCCCCGAAUCAGCUAUCUUCAGCCUCUGGCUUCGUCACUUACCAAGCCUUGAAAAAGCUACGUUAUAUCUUUUAGACCAGCUGGUUUCCAUUCAGUUGAAUUCAUUGGAAGAAGUGGCUUGUGUCAUAAAAGAUUCGUUACUGCCACAAGCAGCAAGCCAUCCUGCCAUUUUCAGAAUUGUUAAUGAAAUUUUCAAGAACGCACUGCUGGAAACUGAUGGAACUCCAGAAGUUAUGACCACAAUACAGGUGUUUACACAGCUCUUCCUUCAGGCUCAUCAGAAUGAAAACAAGCAGCAUAAAUUUCCACUGAAGGCCUACUUCCCUCACCAUCACCAGCCUCUUGUCACAGCUUUACUCAGAUGUCCUUUUGAACUGCCAACUACACAGUGGUCUCAACAUUUGAAACACAUUUCGGAUAUGCUCAAAGCAUUAGUAGAAGAUACAAACAUUAGUUCUCUUGCUGACCUUUUUGAAAUCUGGUUUUUGGUUGCUCGUUUUGGAGAAUGGCUGGAUAUUGCGGCAGAACAAUUACUGAAGGCUGCUGUAGAACCAGAUGCUUUGCUGUGGCUGCUGGCAUUUUACUACUGUCCUCAGAAUGAAAAUCAACAGAGGACUCAAACAAUGGUAGAAGCUCAAACAGUCUACAAUCAUCUAAUGAUGCUCUUCAGCUGUACAGUCCUUUCUGUCAAAGAUCUGGAGGCUGCUGUACACAGUAUAAUGGAUAUAGAGCAGUGUUGUAACCAGCAUCUUAUAACACAUCUUCUUACCAACUUUUUGCUCUUUUCUUCUGGUGGACAUAUGAUCGCCCAGGAAUUUAUUUACCAUAUUACUGAGACAACUGAUACAAGCAAAGAAGUUUGUAGCCUUCUUAUCCGUACUGCAUACAGAAUUAACCGUAAUGGAGAAGAAAACCAAAGGACUGUGAAGCUGCUGAAUGAACUUCUUCAAAAACUAACAUUGAAAGUUUAGAUUUUUAAUGUAAUCUGUUUGUCAAGCCAACAAAUCAGAUCUUUAUCCAGGUGUCAAGACUUUCAUUAACGUCUUGCACUGCAGCUUACCAAGGGUAGAAAAAUAUCUACUUAAGCAUAUCCCACAACUUUGUAUUCCCUCCUAUGUAUUUGAAAAGAAUGCUUUAUAUUUGAAAAGAAUCCUUUGUUUGGAAAUGUUAACCUUUUAGAACAUAACAGUAAAUAUUAAAGAUGGUUGAAAAUUUUGUUCUGAGCACCUUGUUUAACAAGAGACCUACGUCAUUAAAAGCAGUUCACUCAUCUCCUUGUUGUUUAUCUGUCUGAGAUCAGUUUUUCUCCAAAAUUACCCAUGGUUUUAUUAGCAAAUCAUAUCCAAUUGCUUGGUGGGUAAGUUGUUCCUAAAACGUUUUGUUCUAUAAUUCUGCUUUUAUGAAACUAACGAUGAUCUCAAGUGAGAGUUAGUGAUUCAUGGUGAAUGCACACUAUGUUCUCAGGAAAUC